AUGGCAUCGUCGGGGUCGCAGGCCAAGAAGGCUUGGUCCUUCAUCCGCGACCAGCCCAGAGGCGCCUCUUUCGCAGUCGUCCGUAGACACUCAUUCAGACACGAAGCGCCACGUCCAUGUCCUGGGCCGCCCAGUCGAGUCCAUCUCUUCGUGCCCUUCAAGACAGGCAACCACAUUGGACGCGCACCCGGCGUUGUCCAUUCCCAUGCUACAGACGAUGUUCGUGGCCUUGAGCACGGCCGUCCCAGCAUGGAGUUCGAAGAUGCCAUCUUCAAUCGCUAUGCUUUCCACAAGCUCAAGGAGAAAGAGGCCACCCGUGGAAAAGGAGAUCCUAGUCGUCCUCGUCGUCCCACUACGGCGGACAAAGGCACAGCUAGCUCAGGCCCGGAUUCUGUCCCAGGUGCACAUGCAGACGGAGGAUGUGACCCCGAGGGCGAUGCAUCGACGAUGCCCAAGGAGUCCCAAGUCGAUGUCAACGGAGGCGGCCCAGGCAGCUAA